UGUCCGUGCAGAAAGGACGUGUUUCGUGUCGGUGUAAUACUAAACUGUGUGAAGUUAUAAACCAAGGAGUGUAAACAAAUAAGGCAUUUUAUUGCGCCUUUAAGUUUUAUAAAUGUGAAGUGAUAAUUUUAACGAUGGACAGAAUUCAAUGCAGACAACUUCUGUAAAAAUAUAUGAAGAGCAGAUAUACUUUUAGCUGGAUUCAAAAAUGGAGGGAAAUUCGAGUGUGGCUCGUAAGAGAUCUGUCAUGAAUAAUGACAGCGCAAACGUGGAAAUGGAGGAGAUAAACAAAAAUGGAGAAACGAAUGGGCAGAUUGUCCACGAACCCCUCGACUACGAGCCUUCAGGAUGGUUGCAAACAACCCUGGUCAGUUUCAACAGCUCCAGAGAAGAAUUCGUGAAGAAGAACAGCUCAGCUAUGAAGAUUAUCAUGACCUUCAUUUUAAAUGGACUCGUUAUUGGAUUCUUCAUCGGCUGUUUCUUUUAUUGGCUAGUCAUAAGUAAGGAACCUCUGGAACUGUGCUAUGGUUUUGGGAGUCUCAUAGCGUUUCUAAGUAUUGUGUAUUUCUUUAUUAUCUACUUUACGAUCGUGAAGAGAUAUUGUGGUGAUUGGUUCGAAUCAGCGGUGUGGAACCCAGCGGAGAAGGCUUUUAUGAAGUGUUGGAAUAUUUUAUUGUUUCGUUGGUGCUUCUCGUUGGCGGUAUUGGCUGUUAUUGGAUUGUUUUUAUAUCUGGACACGAACGGAUCGUCGGAAAGACUUAUAUCUUUAACUGGAUUGGCGUUUUUAUUAUUUAUUGGAUUCGUGUUCUCAGCCCAUCCGGGCCGUAUCAACUAUCAAAGCGUGUUCGUCGGACUAUUCCUUCAGUUCAUAUUCGGUGUAUUAUUCAUCAGAUGGGACACAGGGAGAUACGCUUUGCAAUGUUUCUCUAAUAAGGUUGCAACGUUUUUAUCAUACGGAGUAGAAGGUGCUUCGUUCGUUUUUGGAGACUUCCUGGUCAAUGAAAAGCAAGUUUUUGCUUUUAGUACGUUGCCUGUGAUAUUCUUCUUCAGCAUGCUCGUAGAAGUUUUGUUCUUCUGGGGAGCAUUGCAAUGGUUCUGUCUGAAGCUGGGACACUUGCUUCGUACCGCGACUGGCACCACUGUCUGCGAGAGUGUUAUAGCCGUUGGAAAUAUCUUCUUGGGAAUGUCGGAGUCCAUAUUGUUGGUGAAGCCUUAUCUCUCUUUGCUGACACCGUCCGAGUUGCAUGUUGUGCUGUCUUCUGGGUUCGCAACUGUUUCUGGUACAAUAUUGGCCGCGUACAUUGGUUUUGGUGCAGAGCCAGCUCACUUAGUAACGGCCAGCGUCAUGUCAGCUCCCGCCGCUAUCUGCUAUUCCAAACUCCUCAUGCCAGAGACAAAGAGGUCCUUGACGAGAGUUGAUAAUAUAAAGGAAGUGGAAAGGCAAGACGAAUCAGCCCUUUCCGCGGCUUCUCGUGGUGCCACAAACGGGAUAGCUCUAAUCCUGAACAUUAUUGCAAACCUGGUGGCUUUUGUCGCCUUCGUAGCAUUUGUCAACGGUGUCAUGGGUUACUGUGGAGGUCUACUUGGCAACCCUGAUCUCAACCUGGAGUGGCUUCUUGGCAAGAUCUUUAUUCCGCUCUGUUGGAUGAUGGGUGUUCCCUGGGAGGAGUGUGAGUUGGUGGGCUCUCUGAUCGGGUUGAAGACUGUGGUCAACGAGUUUGUGGCCUAUCAGAGGAUGGGAGAAAUGAAGAAAGAGGGAUUGCUCUCGCCUCGGUCCGAGCUGAUCGCCACCUACUCCUUGUGCGGCUUCACCAACCCCUCGUCUGUCGGCAUCAUGGUGGGAGCUGUUGCAGCAAUUGCUCCGUCGCAAAGAGAAGUUCUGUCUGGACUUGCAUUUCGGGCGUUCUUCGCCGGUUGUGGAAUUUGUUUUAUGACAGCUUCAAUAGCAGCUCUUCUGAUGCCAGAGGGAUCAUUCUGAUUUGAGGAAGACCACGUUUUAAUAGACAAAUAAUUGUAAAUAGUACAAAGUAUAGAAUGUUUAUGUAUUAAGAGCUAUUGUGACAUUUUUAUUAUUGUGAUUAGGUAAGACUACUUAAUAGAUUUUAAUUUAUAUGUAGAUACCUAUUUUAAGUUCCUAUAAAAUAUUAAGACGUAUUUAUUAUAUAUUAUGUACACAUAAAAAAAUUAUACUUUUUUACUGA